CUUUCAAAAUUAAACAUAAAAAGUACCUCGGGCACCAUAUAGUAAAACAUAAAUAAUGGGAACUGUUCACGCUAAGUCUAGACCAAGUGAAGCCUUUGGAGAGGUGGGGACAGAGCUUUUGGGUCUGGAAGAUCCUAUUGAUUUUGAAGAUGAGCCUGUCUCCAAGCCCAGUAUACAGCUUAAUGGAGUUCGGGCCCGUGUAGACCGAGUACAUGUGGACGGACUCAGUAGGACCAAAGAUGAUAUUGUGCGCAGCGCAGUUGAUGAUCUAUUCCACGCUACCGACUUUGAAGAUGUUAUACUACGGGCACAUAAAGUACGAAAAGCCCUGGAUGCGACUGGCUGUUUCCGUGAGAUCGGCGUAUACAUCGACGUAUCCUCAGGACCGGGGGCAACUCCUGAAGGACUUGAGGUAACUUUUAAUGUAAAAGAGCUAUCGCGUAUUGUAGGCGGUAUAAAUACGACUGUCAGCGAGAAUGAAGGAAACUUGGUUAUAGGUAUAAAGAUGCCGAAUGUAGCCGGUCGUGGAGAGCGCGUGCAGGCUGAGUACAGCCUGGGACAUCGCAGCACCUCCAACUUUAGUGUGACCGCUGCUAAGCCAUUCCCACGCAGUCAGCUUACACCUGUUGUAUCAGCGUCAGUAUACCAGCAGAACCAUGAGUAUCCGUGGUCAGGGUAUCGGCUGCUGGAUCGUGGUCUUCUACUCGACCUCGCCUUCAACACCUCGCCCUCGACCAAACACAGCAUUCAGUGGGAAGGUUUGGUGCGAGAGACGUCGGUGCUCAGCAAAACUACAAGCUUCAAAGUGCGCGAGAGUAGUGGUCCUCAGAUGAAGUCAGUGCUGCGGCACAUAGUGAGCAUAGACCACCGCGACGAGGCCGUGUUCCCGACACGCGGCGGCUGGCUGCAGUUCAGCAGCGCGCUGGCGGGACUCGGCGGUGGAGUCGCACAUGUCCGUACAGAGCUGCAGGCUGAGGCUAACGGCACGCUGCCAUACGCUGACAAUGUGGUGCUGCAGGGUACGUGUGCGGCGGGUGUGCUGCACGACGUGUUCGGUACGGAGCUGGCGGACCGCUUCUUCCUGGGCGGGCCUGCCACACUGCGGGGCUUCGCACAGCGCGGCGUCGGGCCCCGCGCUGACGGCCUCGCGCUCGGCGGCACCAUGUACUGGGCGACGGGCGUGCACAUGUACGCUCCGCUGCCGUUUGUGUCGUCGCGCGGCGGUCUGGCAGAUCUCUUCCGCUCCCAUCUCUUCCUCAACGCAGGCUGUCUCGCGCAUCCGGAGGAGGGUGAGUCUGUGGUGUCAGCGCUGUCGGAGGUGCGUGUGGCGGGAGGCUGCGGCGUGGCGCUGCGCCUGGGCCGUGUGGCGCGCGUAGAGCUCAACUACUGCGUGCCGCUCAGAGCCGCCGCGACUGACUGCGCCGCGCCCGGACUGCAGCUCGGCGUCGCCGCUCACUUCCUCUAGCCCCGCCCACAGGUACGUCGCGACUGACUGCGCCGCGCCCGGACUGCAGCUCGGCGUCGCCGCUCACUUCCUCUAGCCCCGCCCACAGGUACGUCGCGACUGACUGCGCCGCGCCCGGACUGCAGCUCGGCGUCGCCGCUCACUUCCUCUAGCCCCGCCCACAGGUACGUCGCGACUGACUGCGCCGCGCCCGGACUGCAGCUCGGCGUCGCCGCUCACUUCCUCUAGCCCCGCCCACAGGUACGUCGCGACUGACUGCGCCGCGCCCGGACUGCAGCUCGGCGUCGCCGCUCACUUCCUCUAGCCCCGCCCACAGGUACGUCGCGACUGACUGCGCCGCGCCCGGACUGCAGCUCGGCGUCGCCGCUCACUUCCUCUAGCCCCGCCCACAGGUACGUCGCGACUGACUGCGCCGCGCCCGGACUGCAGCUCGGCGUCGCCGCUCACUUCCUCUAGCCCCGCCCACAGGUACGUCGCGACUGACUGCGCCGCGCCCGGACUGCAGCUCGGCGUCGCCGCUCACUUCCUCUAGCCCCGCCCACAGGUACGUCGCGACUGACUGCGCCGCGCCCGGACUGCAGCUCGGCGUCGCCGCUCACUUCCUCUAGCCCCGCCCACAGGUACGUCGCGACACUAGCGCCGCGCCCGGACUGCAGCUCGGCGUCGCCGCUCACUUCCUCUAGCCCCGCCCACAGGUACGUCGCGACUGACUGCGCCGCGCCCGGACUGCAGCUCGGCGUCGCCGCUCACUUCCUCUAGCCCCGCCCACAGGUACGUCGCGACUGACUGCGCCGCGCCCGGACUGCAGCUCGGCGUCGCCGCUCACUUCCUCUAGCCCCGCCCACAGGUACGUCGCGACUGACUGCGCCGCGCCCGGACUGCAGCUCGGCGUCGCCGCUCACUUCCUCUAGCCCCGCCCACAGGUACGUCGCGACUGACUGCGCCGCGCCCGGACUGCAGCUCGGCGUCGCCGCUCACUUCCUCUAGCCCCGCCCACAGGUACGUCGCGACUGACUGCGCCGCGCCCGGACUGCAGCUCGGCGUCGCCGCUCACUUCCUCUAGCCCCGCCCACAGGUACGUCGCGACUGACUGCGCCGCGCCCGGACUGCAGCUCGGCGUCGCCGCUCACUUCCUCUAGCCCCGCCCACAGGUACGUCGCGACUGACUGCGCCGCGCCCGGACUGCAGCUCGGCGUCGCCGCUCACUUCCUCUAGCCCCGCCCACAGGUACGUCGCGACUGACUGCGCCGCGCCCGGACUGCAGCUCGGCGUCGCCGCUCACUUCCUCUAGCCCCGCCCACAGGUACGUCGCGACACUAGCGCCGCGCCCGGACUGCAGCUCGGCGUCGCCGCUCACUUCCUCUAGCCCCGCCCACAGGUACGUCGCGACUGACUGCGCCGCGCCCGGACUGCAGCUCGGCGUCGCCGCUCACUUCCUCUAGCCCCGCCCACAGGUACGUCGCGACUGACUGCGCCGCGCCCGGACUGCAGCUCGGCGUCGCCGCUCACUUCCUCUAGCCCCGCCCACAGGUACGUCGCGACUGACUGCGCCGCGCCCGGACUGCAGCUCGGCGUCGCCGCUCACUUCCUCUAGCCCCGCCCACAGGUACGUCGCGACACUAGCGCCGCGCCCGGACUGCAGCUCGGCGUCGCCGCUCACUUCCUCUAGCCCCGCCCACAGGUACGUCGCGACUGACUGCGCCGCGCCCGGACUGCAGCUCGGCGUCGCCGCUCACUUCCUCUAGCCCCGCCCACAGGUACGUCGCGACACUAGCGCCGCGCCCGGACUGCAGCUCGGCGUCGCCGCUCACUUCCUCUAGCCCCGCCCACAGGUACGUCGCGACUGACUGCGCCGCGCCCGGACUGCAGCUCGGCGUCGCCGCUCACUUCCUCUAGCCCCGCCCACAGGUACGUCGCGACUGACUGCGCCGCGCCCGGACUGCAGCUCGGCGUCGCCGCUCACUUCCUCUAGCCCCGCCCACAGGUACGUCGCGACCCUAGCGCCGCGCCCGGACUGCAGCUCGGCGUCGCCGCUCACUUCCUCUAGCCCCGCCCACAGGUACGUCGCGACUGACUGCGCCGCGCCCGGACUGCAGCUCGGCGUCGCCGCUCACUUCCUCUAGCCCCGCCCACAGGUACGUCGCGACACUAGCGCCGCGCCCGGACUGCAGCUCGGCGUCGCCGCUCACUUCCUCUAGCCCCGCCCACAGGUACGUCGCGACACUAGCGCCGCGCCCGGACUGCAGCUCGGCGUCGCCGCUCACUUCCUCUAGCCCCGCCCACAGGUACGUCGCGACACUAGCGCCGCGCCCGGACUGCAGCUCGGCGUCGCCGCUCACUUCCUCUAGCCCCGCCCACAGGUACGUCGCGACUGACUGCGCCGCGCCCGGACUGCAGCUCGGCGUCGCCGCUCACUUCCUCUAGCCCCGCCCACAGGUACGUCGCGACUGACUGCGCCGCGCCCGGACUGCAGCUCGGCGUCGCCGCUCACUUCCUCUAGCCCCGCCCACAGGUACGUCGCGACUGACUGCGCCGCGCCCGGACUGCAGCUCGGCGUCGCCGCUCACUUCCUCUAGCCCCGCCCACAGGUACGUCGCGACUGACUGCGCCGCGCCCGGACUGCAGCUCGGCGUCGCCGCUCACUUCCUCUAGCCCCGCCCACAGGUACGUCGCGACUGACUGCGCCGCGCCCGGACUGCAGCUCGGCGUCGCCGCUCACUUCCUCUAGCCCCGCCCACAGGUACGUCGCGACUGACUGCGCCGCGCCCGGACUGCAGCUCGGCGUCGCCGCUCACUUCCUCUAG